CACAACUCUCCCCGCCCAAGUUCCCCGCCCGUCGCUCGCAGGCCGGCACGGCAGCGCGCUCAUUCGAACGCCUCCCAUGUCAGCAUCGACUACUUCGACCCGCAGGGCGUCGACGAGUUGCGCCGCACAAUGAGCCGCCUGUCGACAAACACCGCCCGCGACCGCGCCAUCGCAGAGUCUGGCUCAGGCAAGCAACUAUCUGAUGCGAGCUCGGAGGUCACAAUCGCCGUUGGCGAUGGUCCUUUUGAUUUUGAGAAGACGCUGAGAGCCGUGGUCAAGAAGAAGGAGCAAUCGAAUAUCCAAUCACGCGAGCUGGGCGUGCUUUUCAAGGAUCUUAGGGUCGUAGGUCUUGGGUCUGCGGCGAGUUUCCAACCGACGUUUGGCUCGACUUUCAAUCCGAAGAUCAUGCUGGAGAGCUUGAAUAAUAUUCGUAACCCUCCGCUGCGUGAUAUUCUCAGCGGGUUCGAAGGCGUCGUCCGUCCGGGGGAGAUGUUGCUCGUCCUUGGAAGCCCUGGCUCCGGAUGCAGCACGCUGCUCAAGACACUCGCUAAUCAGCGGCACGAGUAUCAUUCCGUUGAGGGCGAUGUCCACUACGACUCGUUUACUUCGGAGGAGAUUGCCGACCGCUACCGUGGCGAUGUUAUCUACUGCCCUGAGGACGACGUGCACUUCCCCAUGAUGACUGUCAACGACACGCUCCACUUUGCUGCGAAGACCCGCGCACCGCAGAAUCGGCUCGAUGGGAAGUCCCGUAUCUCAUACGUUGAGCAAAUUACGGAGGUUAUCCAGACCAUCUUCGGUCUUCGGCAUGUAAAGAAGACCCCUGUUGGCGACGCUUCUCUUCGUGGUGUUUCAGGAGGAGAGAAGAAGCGUGUGUCCAUUGGUGAGGCGCUCGCUCUGCGCUCACUCAUUGGCUCUUGGGACAACUCCACCCGUGGUCUCGAUGCCUCUACUGCUCUGGAGUUCGUGCGCGCUCUCCGGAUUGCUACCGACGUUGCGCGUCUUUCCACGAUAGUAUCUAUCUACCAGGCCGGCGAGUCGCUCUACGAGCACUUUGACAAGGUCUGUGUGAUCUACCAGGGUAGGAUGGCAUACUUCGGCCGUGCCGACAAGGCGCGAGAGUACUUCAUCGAACUCGGGUACGAGCCUGCCCACCGGCAGACUACGGCUGACUUCCUCGUCGCUGUUACCGACCCGCUAGGUCGCACACCUCGCCCUGGGUUCGAAAGCCGCGUGCCACGCACGGCGGCCGAGUUUGCGCAGCGCUUCUUAGAGUCGCGUGCAGGUCAAGACAACCGCGAUGAUAUGGACGCGUAUCAAGCCGAGUUUGUCGGCAAGCCCGACCGUGCCAUUGCGUACAAGCAGAGUGCCCGCGCGGAGCACGCGAAGACUCAGACUAAGAAGAGCCCGUACACGAUCUCCAUCUUCAUGCAGGCCCGCGCGGUCAUGCUCAGGCGGUUGCAGAUCCUGCGGGGCAGCAUGGCGAAAGAAGUCAUUCAGAUUGCCACGUUCAUCCUACAGGCAAUCAUCGUCGGAACCGUGUUCUACAAUUCUCCUGAGUCAACCUCCGCUUAUUUCUCUCGUGGAGGUGUUCUGUUCUUUGCGCUCUUGUUCGCUGCUCUCUCGUCAAUGGCUGAGAUCCCUGCUCUGUUCGCCCAACGUCCUAUCGUGAUCAAGCAUUACAAGGCUGCGAUGUACCACCCCUUCAUCGAAGCCGCCGCCUUGACGCUUGUCGACAUCCCUAUCACAUUCAUAUCACUCAUCCUUUUCUGCGUCAUUCUUUACUUCUUGGUUGGCCUUCAGCAAUCGGCGGGACAAUUCUUCACUUUCUUCGUGUUUGUGUUCGCUAUGGCUUUGACGAUGAAGGCUUGGUUCCGUGCCGUAGCCGCUGCGUUCAGCUCGCCAGCACCCGCGCAGUCUGUCGCUGGUAUUCUGCUUCUUGGUCUCGUCCUUUACACUGGCUAUACCAUCCCGAAACCGUCCAUGAUCGGUGCUCUCAGAUGGAUCACCUAUAUCAACCCGCUGCGAUAUGGUUUUGAAGGCAUCAUCACGAACGAGUUCCACACGUUGAACGGCACUUGCGCCUCGCUCGUGCCUAGUGGUCCUGGUUAUGAAAAUGUCCAAAUUCAGAAUCAGGUCUGCACAACUGUCAGCUCGAUUGCUGGCCAAAGCACAGUCGAUGGGAACGCUUUCGUCGCGGCGUCUUAUGGCUACUCAUUCAGCAACACAUGGCGGAACUUCGGCAUCGUCUGUGCGUUCGGUGUUUUCUUCACGGGUCUCCUGCUCUACUUCACCGAGCACAACACGAAUAUGUCGAGUGAAUCCUCUGCCAUGCUGUUCAAGCGCGGGACUAAGCCGGCCGUUGCGCAAUCCAAAUCUGGCUCUGAUGAGGAGAAGGGUGGUGCCCCUGCCGCGAUGCCUCCCAGUCAGUCCAGCGACUCAGCUAUCGCUGAAAAGGCGCUGGAAGUUGCGCCAGCGAUGAAGAAUGUCUUUACGUGGCAGCAUUUGGAAUACAAUGUUCCUGUCGGCGGUGGGCAGACGCGCAAGCUCUUGGACGAUGUCUCCGGAUUCGUUGCGCCUGGGAAGCUGACUGCAUUGAUGGGCGAGUCCGGCGCUGGAAAGACCACCCUGUUGAACGUGCUUGCUGAGCGGGUGUCAAUGGGCGUUGUCACCGGGGACAGACUUGUCAGUGGACAUCCCCUUCCGGCCGAUUUCCAAGCGCAGACUGGAUACUGUCAACAAAUGGACACUCACCUUCCGACCACUACGGUCCGUGAGGCACUGCUGUUCUCAGCUAAGUUGAGGCAACCCCCAUCUGUGCCAUUGGAGGAAAAAGAAGCAUAUGUCGAAACGGUUCUCAAAAUGUGCGGUCUCGAAGAAUUCGCUGACGCGGUCGUUGGAUCGCUCGGCGUCGAGCACAAAAAGCGUACCACCAUCGGCGUUGAGCUUGCCGCGAAGCCUACUCUACUUCUGUUCUUGGAUGAGCCUACUUCCGGUCUUGAUUCACAGAGCGCUUGGGCCAUCAUCACUUUCUUGCGCAGCCUGGCUGAUCACGGACAGGCUAUUCUCUGCACUAUUCAUCAGCCCUCCGCGGAGCUCUUCCAGGUUUUCGAUCGGCUGCUUUUGCUUCGUAAGGGCGGCCAGACUGUUUACUUCGGUGACAUUGGUCCCAACUCGACCACCCUGUUGCGCUACUUCGAGGACAAAGGCGGCUACCACUGCUCUGACGAUGCGAACCCUGCGGAGUACAUUUUGGACGUCAUCGGUGCUGGUGCGACCGCGAGCAGUACAAUCGACUGGCACAGCGCAUGGAAGAACUCGAACGAGGCGCGGGUAGUCCAAAGCGAAAUCGACCAGAUUCUCGCCGAGGGCCGUCAACGGCCGCCUGUUCAGACCACAUUGCACUCCGAAUUCUCUACGAGCUGGGGAUAUCAGAUGGUCACCCUCUUGAAGCGUGAUAUGGAGCGGCAUUGGCGCGACCCGACGUAUCUCAUGGCCAAGCUCAUGUUGAACAUCGUGGGAGGCUUGUUUAUUGGGUUCACCUUCUACCAGGCAAAGGACUCAAUUCAGGGCACUCAGAACAAGCUUUUCGCUAUCUACAUGAGUACCAUUCUCAGUGCACCACUCGCCAACCAGAUCAUGGUUCCCUUCAUUGACACCCGCACCGUGUACGAGAAUCGUGAACGUCCAAGCCGCAUGUACAGCUGGACCGCCCUCAUCACCUCCCAAAUAUUGGGCGAACUUCCCUUGAACAUCGUCGGUUCUUCGCUCUACUUUUUGGUUUGGUACUGGACAGUCGGCUUCCCCACCGACCGCGGAGGAUACACCUAUCUCAUGCUCGGCAUCGUCUUCCCCAUGUACUACUCGACGAUUUCACAAGCCGUCGCUGCGAUGUCUCCCAGCUCCGAGAUCGCGGCGCUGCUUUUCAGUUUCCUGUUCUCUUUCGUCAUCACAUUCAACGGUGUCCUUCAGCCUUUCAGACAGCUCGGAUGGUGGCGGUGGAUGUACCGUGUCUCUCCCUACUCUUAUCUCAUCGGAGGUCUUCUUGGCCAAGCACUUGGUGGCCACGAGAUUAAUUGUGCUGAUAAGGAAUUCGUCCACAUGCCUCCACCAUCCGGCCAAACUUGCGGGCAAUAUUUGAACUCGUUCAUCUCGACAGUGGGAGGGUACACCACCAACCCAGAUGCGACGGACGUCUGCAAUUACUGCUCUGCCCGCACGACCGACCAGUUCCUUGGCGGUAGCUUCAACAUCUUCUACUCCGAGCGCUGGAGGAACUUCGGCCUGAUGUGGGCGUACCUUGCGUUCAACGUUCUGGCGAUCUACGGCUUGACAUGGUUCUUCCGUAUUCGCAGGGGCAGCCUGAUUGGGCCCCUGAAGAGUCUCCUGUCUCGCAAGUAGAGAAGUGUACAAUCACAUCCGAAAAGUUGACGAACUAUCAGAUACGAAGGUGGACAUUGGAAUCAUGAUCUAGAGUAAUUUAGUUUGUGCUUACUUAUUUUACACGUCGCAUACGUACCAAGUACAUCAAAGUCAAUAAGACACAUUGUUUGCCAUU